AUGAUUUAGUGUUAGGAGAUCAGUAUAUUUAAAAUAUGAUGUAGACCUAAAUAAAUUUAGUUUGAACUCAACAGUUUCUGCAAUUGCUUUUAAGAAGGGGUAUUUAAGUAAUAUUGCUUGCUUCUUAAUUUUGCUAAUUUUUGGAUUUAUGGCAAGUAUUCUAUUAACUCCAAUUGCAAUGUUACUGUAAUUUGAGAAUAAUUAUUAAAUAAUAAAAUACUUAUUAAAUUUAUCAAAAUUAUAAUAACAAGAACUUUAAGUCAUAAGUAGUUUGAUUAAAUGAGUUUAGAUGUUCUGCAUCCAUCAAGUCAUAGGGGGUGAU